UAAAUGCAUUUGCAUCUGAUUAUUUCAUACCAGGCGUUCAUGUUCAUGGACCCCGGUGUGCAGCUGCCCUCUUUGCAUUCGCUACAUUAGCGGGGGCGCAGUGAAGUCACAGACAGAAGGCAACUACAAGACUUAUCUCUGUCACACAGCUUCUGGCCGAGCCAUUCGACUGCUGGUUUAUCUGCUCCGACACACACCCUCUCACUGGGGAAGUGUCACUCCCCCCUACACCUCCUCAUUCCUGCUGACUCCCUGCUCCCCCUGUCCUCUCUCGCCUCUUCGCCUCACCCCUCUCUGGAUGCCAGCAGCUUCUAGUAAUGGAGCAGAUGACAGUCACACACCAACCAAGGCUGUCAGUCACCCAUGGCUCAGCGUCAGCAAUUCAAAAGGAGAAAGAGGGGGGCGUCACCACAGGAAGUGAAAAUGACUUGAGGUCAAACAAUGUUCCUGCAGUGACAGACCCAGUACUCACACAGCCCGGUCUCGGCAUCACCACGACAACCAUCACCACCAUCACACAGACAGGAGGAGACUGGAGCUCCGGCCUGUUUGACGUCUGCGGAGACAAGACUACAUGUAUCCUUGGUGCUCUGGUGCCGUGCUGUUUAGACCUGAGUUUAGCUCACCAGUAUGGCGAAUGUCUCUGCAUGCCUCUGCUACCGGGAUCCACUUUUGCCAUGCGAGUUGGGAUCCGGGAGCGGUUCAAGAUACGGAGGCAAGAAUUCAUCCGCUACAUUCUGAGUUGGGUGAAAAGCAGCUGGCAACACUUCUUUCCGGUUUCAGUAGCUGUCGCUGGUCACCAGACAAUGUGUCUAGUCUCUCUCAGACACGAGGGGGAGAUGAAGCGAGGGAACAUAAACCUUUCUAGACCUUGAUGGACAAAUUGAACUGACAUGGGACAUUCAGGACACUGUGAGCAAAUCAGACUACUGAAUCUAAUUUUCAGCAUCACAUUUAAAACUAAAUCCAAGUAAAGCAGGUGAACCACAUAAAAGCCGAGUGUGCUCAGCCAUUUGGUUUCAGAACACCUCAUUGAUUUUGACAGUUGUUUUCUUCGUUUCAGCGUGUGGAAUGAAAGCAAGUGUGCGAGUCUCCGUUCAGUAUGCAGAACCACUUCUCUGAUUACAAACAGGCCACGGCAUUGCUCCGAUUACAGGUCAACAGUUCAAGUAAAGUCUGAUGGUAAUAACGUCCAUUUCCAUAUUUCUGAUAUUCCUUUAUCCCUCUGUUCUUUAGUUCACCUCAGGCAUUCAUUCAUAUUAUCAAUCCAGCUCUGAUUGCUGUGAACCUGAAAUGCCAACCAUUUCUACACAAAGCAGGUCCUCAAAGGGCAAAUAUGUAAUUUGUUAACUCUUACGGAUGUGGUCCCCUACCUGGCAGCUGCUUCAAAUGAAAUGGGGAAGAGAAAAUGGAUUUCGUCUCAAAAAGGAGAGAGACAGAGAUGCGAAUAAUAAAAUCUAAUCAUAUUUUACUGACUGUACAGUUAAUCUGCUGCUUGAAAAUACAUAUUUGUUUAAAUCAUAGCAAUUCAAAGUGUACAUUAUUUUUUGUUGUUGUCAAUUUACAAUUUACUGGUAGAGAUCAAUAAAACUACCCCGGAUAAGCUCCAAUAGCUGCCAUCCUUAUGCUGUGAGUUGCUGUUUACAAGUUGCAUGUUGCUUUAUUGCCUGUCCUCACUUACCUGUUGAAGUGAAAAUCCUUGUGAGUUGCAUGGCAGCUGUGACAUACUGUAAGUUGCACAUGGCCACAGCGGUAAUAAGGUCCGCAGUAUCUUUCUUCUGUCUGCAUUAGGCCCCAGUGUUUCCUGAGCAGCCCUGGUUGGAUAAAUCUUGCUGCAGCUCCACUGCUCUCUGCCACCUGGGGGUUGUUAGUGAGCGGGAUCUGCCUCGAGCAGAGCUGCCUUCGGGCACUGUGGUAACAUCUCUGCCUCCCUGUGCAAUGACCAAAUGUUAUUGCUUCUGCAUCAAUAGCUUUAAAUUGGGUUGGUAAAUUGAAAAGCUAUUUGCUUUGCAAAUCAAAUACACCCUUAAAAUGUCCUACAUGCUCGUGCAACCUUUAUAUCUAUAUUUACACAUAGAUUUAUCUAUAUUUAUUUUCAAACUGCUUCGAAGUAGUCGCUACCAUAACAAGGAACAUUUAUCUAUUCUCCAAAGCCCCGUUAAAAUGUUUUUUUGUUUUUUUUCCCUCCUUAAGCAAUUCAUAUUGUAUGUCCAGAGUAAGCCCCACAGUUCUACUAUUAAAGGGUCAGUUCAAGCUAUUUAUUUUAAUCUACUUUGGGGGGGACUGACCCUUUAUUUAUGCCACAUUGGAUUUACUGCUGUUUCAUGGAAUCAAACCCCAAAUACAACGAAUGAAACGAGGAACCCUUGUGUGUGCUUCCAGUUAAACCUCAAACCUAUUUACAUCUUGUACAUUUACUAUAUCGUCUCACACACUGACACAGCCUGGCCUUACGUCAUCUACCGGAUACACUUCCAUGACUGAACCUUUAGGGGGCAGUGUUGUCCCAUAUCUGGACCCCUGCUGUCUGUUUCUAUUCCCACAGCUGCUCGGUCUUAAGUGCUGAUCUGAGGUCAGAUUUGGGACUUCCACAUCAGUCGUAGAGGUCAAGAUUUGAAACAGUGAAGCCCAUCCUAAUUCAGCAGUCGGACAAGGAUCAUAAAACACCUGCGCUGAUGUUCUUUCCUGCUGUUUCAGCAUGGAGACGACUAUCCCCACAGACACAUCAGGUGUAGAGUACAGGCUGUUAUCGACAACAGCCCCGCUGGGAGCUGUGGGUGUGUAUAUGUGUGUGAUAUAUGCAGUAUGUAUCCAAAAAGGCUUUCCCCAUGAUUGUGCUCAUUGCACAGGGUUACUGGUGCACAGUAACCACCAGUAAACAGAUGACAUACAAAACAUAGCACAGGGAGGGAAUAGAUCAUGCCCUCCCGAGCUUCCCACGUGACUGAAUAACAACCAGCUGAAGGUGUGAGUGUUUGUUGCUUCCCCAAACUACACACUGACAUUUCUGAUACAGCUUUUUAAUGGCUUUCACUUCCCUUUUUCCUCUCUGUCGUCUCUACCUCCUGCAUGCAUUUUCCUCUCGAUGGUCUUUUCAUUCUUGCCUUCCCUCCAUUCCUCCCUUUCUCCUCAAUCAUUUCAUUUCUUCUCCUCCCUUUGCCCUCUUUUACUUAUUUCCCGUCUUCCCGACUGCUGCUUGUGUGUAUGUUUGUGAAUAAAGAGAGGCGAGAGAAGGAAAGAGAGAGGUGUGGAGGGACCGGCAAAGCCGGAGCACUUGUCCCCCUGGUGAUACUUCUAUCCAGGACAACAAGCACCACCUGGGGUUUGCAUAACACACACUUCCCCUCUCUCUCUCUCUCUCUCUCUCUCUCUCUUUCUCUUUUCAUAUCAUUUUCUCUGUGUUACUCUUUUGUUUAAUCCUUGCCCUUCCUAUGUCUCGCUCUGUUUUUUAAUUCUGUCUUUCUCUUACACAGACCACACACACACAAUCAUCAUCAUCAUCGUCGUCAUGCGGGGAGGCGGGGGGCAUUGAGCUGCUGGUUCGCCUGCAGCUACAGCUGUAGAAGCCUUGGUAGUUUGUAUGGGAGUCGGUGGGCUCUGCCACUGAGUGGAGUCGUCCUGUUUUGGGUUGUGUGUUUGUGCGGGAUGAUGGAAGCUUGGAACUGCUCCUCAGACUAAGCAGACGGUUUUAUAGAUUUUUCUUCCCGAAAGACAGAGGAGGAGGAUUUCAUUCUAUGAUUUGACUUCAAAAACCACUGGCGUACUCAGGGAUUAUAAUACUAGAGAUUUGCUUGCUUUGGUAGUGUUUGUUCCACGCCAGGACUAUAUUCCUCUCUGACAAGAAAAGGGAGGAUCCUUUUUUUUCCCACCAUGUAAGCUGUCGGUCCUUUGAGGUCAUUAAAGAGUGGCAGUAAUCAGAACUAGAAAAUAUGGCAGAUGGCUUUAAUUUCCUCUGGCAUUCAUUUAAAUAAACAAAUAUGAGCAAUGUUUACAAUUUUAUCAUGGUUCAUAUUUGAUUAUUUGGAUGUAUUUUUAGAAAAAAUCAUGUUUGAAAACAUUAAAGCAGUUGAUGAUUAAUUAAGUUACAUGACAUUGUUUAUAUUAAUAGCUGCAGAUUAGUUUUGGUCCCAUGUUAAUUUUGGAGGUACCACCCAGAGGUGAAGAAUGGGUUUAUACGUUUGACUAAAUGAUGAAACCGUUUAUAUGUAACUGAAAUUUCAAUUAGGGGUUUGUGUCAACUUCAAAGGAGGUCUGAUGUGACCGUUUAUAUGGGAGCUGAAGCAAUAGGAGGAAAGAAACAGAAGUCAAAUAGUUUAUAGGGUUUCUUGAAGGAAAAAAAACACAUAUUUAUUGUUGAAAGAUAGCAAAGUUGCAAAAAAGAAAAGAUAAUUAUCAGGAUAAUUUCUUCCACAGAAAUAUUUACUGUGGAAAUAUUCUCAAAGUAUCUAACUGGUGCGCAAGGUAAUAGGAAAAAAAUGGAGGGCAAAAUAAUCAUGGGCCUCGUACAAUUGUGAUUAUUGAACACCUCUAUAAUUAAACACAUUUUGAGGGUGUUCAAACAAACAGAUGUCAGCGAAUGUAAAGCUUUCUUGAUUUAUUCUUGCCGCCCUGCAUCAAUACUCUCAGUCGUGCCGUGAUGCUGCUUUAUUCACGUCUCGCUAUAGAAGUGUCAUUUUCCACCAUCUCUUUUAGCCCCUGUGGAGUCCCCAUACAGACACACAAAUGAUCACACCACCACUGGCUUUUUGAAUCUUCGCCCUAUAAAAACAUGCAUAUUUUUCAUGUGAGCACGGAUUAUGGAUUUCUACCUGCAGGCUGGGAGGACCAAUAUUGUAUGAUGUCAGUACGGAGACCAAAAUGUCCAACAGAAAACCUGAGGGGAUAAACACUCCAUUUGAAGGUGUCAUGAUGGCUUAUUUCUUGUGACAACUUCAAAGUGCAUGUUUAGGCCACAAGGUAUUUUUGGCAUUUCACUGUGCAAUGAGGAAUCUUAAUAGCAGUCACUUCACACAGAGACCCUUCUUGUAGGGGGCCCCUUGACCCCCAGGGCCUCUGAUCUCUGUCUGAUUGGCUCUAUCAAAAAUCCCUGCAUGGAUGUGAGGGGUGCAAACCUAAAUCCAUGAGCAAUGAAAACUAAUUUUGUGAUCUGAUAAGUCAUCUAUUUUUCAACUCGAAACAUUUACAUCUUCAACGCAGUCUGCCAGUUGAGCUGUGUCUGAUUGUUCUGCUUAAUAGCGAAAUAACUCCGAGCUGAUAAUAUUCCCACGCACAAUUCAAAUAUGUUUUUUGAUAACACCAGAGUGAAGUCUUGUGUCCUUCAGGCCUCCCCAGUCAUGGGAUGGAAACAUAAUUUCCAUUUAACAUCUGUGAACUACAUUUCUCCCUCUAAGACCAAGACUUAUUUGCCCUGUGAAGAUUGUCAAAUAUCAGACACACAGAUGAAGAACUGUAUGAUCUAGUGCAAAUCCAAGUGGACUGAAGUUGUCCUCGAAGAAAACCCAGGUCCAACUCCUUAAUGCAUCAUAAAUAUUUAAGGUUUUCGAUUUUGUCUCAUGCACAUAUUCUUUUCUCAAGCUAUUUCUUGGUGAGCAGUGACUUCCUGGAUUCUGUGUGUGUAAUCACAGGUUAUCAUUCAUGUUUUGAAAUGGUUUAAACGUACUUCUUUGAGCUAAACUAAACGCCUCCUGGCUUCAUCUCCAUUUGUAGCACACAUACUAAUACGAAUUUCUAAAGUGUCACAUGCAUUUGUUUUAUUGUAUCACCUAUGUUUAUACUACUUGAUGAAUAUAAUAAUGCAAACGUGUAAAAACAUAUAUACAGCAUUUAUAUGAGCUUUCAUUCCAACAUCAUUCUAUUAGUUCUAAAAUUGUGCAGUUAUUUUAGAAUUAGUUUGCUCCUCAUUCUGUCAAAGUACGUUGGCAACAAAUAACAACAAAACACCGUUUGUUGCCAUUCAGAUGAAGUUAAUGUAAAAGAAGGCUGCAGCUUUAGGACAUGACAACUGGCAUGGCAGUAAUUUGGGGGAUUUAUUCUCAUUUUCAUUACAUUACAUACAUUUGCAUAGGAAACAGAACUCAAAACACGAAUAAAAAUAAAUUAUUCCAUAAGACUCCAAAAAUAUUCUGUUGCUCCACAUAACAGCUCAGACUGGUGGAAACUGUCAUCGCAGACGAGACCUAACACUGUCCCUGGAGAUUAACUUCUCAUUAUCCACUCUAUUUACUGCUGGCUGAUGUGACAUAGGAGGAGAGAUGCCAUGCAGCUCUGACAGAAUGAUGCUUCACUUUCUGCUCUGGGGCUUUUUUCCUGUAAUAUCUCUGUACAAUCAGUGGGUAUCUGUGCAGGACUGGUUGCUGGAAAAGGUCAAAUGUGCUGCAUUGACUCGGAUAAAUGAAGGUUUAAAAACAACUGUCAGUCAACAUGUAGGCCAGGAAAUACGCUAUGGAAAGUGGCAUCUUACUUAUUCUGCAAGUAUAUCAGCAUAACAUCAUGUACUUUGCAAUGUUAUGGAUAUCCCUGAUAAAAACAUUAAACAUCCAAAUCAUG